AUGCUCCGGUUCCCGAGGACGCGUGGCCAAUGGCAUCCAAAGCAUGAGUACGCCCCCCUAUCCCUGCUCCAAUUCGUCCCGACCUAUCAGAUCAUCAGCGGGGUCUCCUACGAGCACGCCGAGGGGCGCCUCGCGGCCAUCAACCUGUGCUCCCAGCUCCUCCGACGGCUCCCGGAGCCCAACCUCGACCAGCUCUCCAGCGUCUUCUACCUCGCCCUGGUGGUUCGCCUGGUCAGCGACCAAGCGGCGGAGUGCCGCGCCGCCGCUUCCACCGCCAUCCGGACCCUUCUUGACCGCGUGUCCCCCGCUGUGUUCCAGGAGCUCUUGGAGUUCACGGGGCAGUGGUUCACGGGGGCCCCGUCGGGGGCGGGGAGGGGGGAAGAAGACCCCGGGCUCCUGCGAACGGCCGCUCAGGCCUGCGGGAUUUUCGUACAGGCAAGGCCGGAGCUUGUGCGGAAGGCGGCGGGGACCGGCGGCGGGGGUCGGUUACCUUGGAUGCUGUCGGCGCUAUCCUCGAUGCUCCCGCGUCGAGCGGCCGCAGUCAUCGCCGCGGCGAGGAGCGCGGGCUGGGGGGACGCCGGUGGUUCAGUUGGCGCCGCCGCGGGGGCUUGUGGCGGCGGAGCGGAUGGUGACUGGGAAGGCGUUUACCACGCCGUCCUGUCCAUAGGGAAGGCUUUCGACGCCCUCCCGGGGGCGUGCAACGCCGCCCUCAGCGGCGGCGGUGGUGGCGAUGGUGGCGAUGGGCUGUUCGAUCGGCUACUGGAGGCGUUGCUGUACCCGCAUGCCUGGGUGCGCCUCGCGGCCGCCCGCGUUUGGGGAUCGUUAUUCUCGAAGAGGGAUCCCGGGACCUUAGCCGUAUCCACCGUCGGCGGCGGCGGUGGCGGUAGCGGCGGCGAUGGCCAAGUAAAGGGAAGCCAGACACCGACGCUAGUCCAAGGUGGCUCAGCACCCGGGAAGUUGAAAGGGAAAGGCCGAGGCCAGCGGCGGUGUGAUGUUCCCGGGGAGGGAGCUGGGGUAGGCGACGGGGGACAAGAGUUUCUUCGACGGAGACGUGUCCUGUUCCGCCUGUGCCAGAACCUGUGCUCUCAGCUCAACAGGUCGCAGGUGGACCCGAAACUGACGGAGCAGUGCGUCAAGAACCUGGUGUUUGUCGGCCGUGCGAUGCACCUCAACCCGGAGCUGUGCUUCGCCGAGGACGCCGAGGACGCCGUCGAACAAGGAGAAAACGCCUCUGAGACGGAAAGCCCGGCGAUGGACGAAGCAAGCGACAGCGAGGGUGUUGAUGAUGACGGCGGAGAUGCGGCCGCCGCCGCCGCUGCUGCCGAUUCUGCCGAUUCUUCUCCUGCCGGUGGCGGUACGGCUGCUGCGCCCGGUGCCGCCGACCCGUUGAGAUGGGUGUUCAACCGCAUGUCCCACAUGGUGGUGCACAAAGGAGAGGCACGGAGGCGGGCGGUGUUCAGCUGGUUCCUGGCGAUGGUGGCCGUCCACGAGCCCGCCGUUUCCGUGGCCCACCUGAAGCUCAUGCUUCUGCCGCUGCGGAGAGCGGUGUUAGACGCCGAGGCGGGCGGGGUGGAGCACAAGGCUGGAGGGUCUCAUGCCGGCGGUAGCGGUGGCGGGGGAGGGGGCACAGCUGCUGAGAAGGGACAAACUGCUGCGGAACUAGCGACGGAGGGGCGAGGUGGUGGUCGGCGUGUUGGUGGGAGAGGGGAGGCGAGGGGAAGAGGAGGAGGCGGUGGUAGGGGCGGGGGCGGCGGACGUGGUUGACGAUAAGCGACACGGGUGUUGUCGUUUAGCUAGCACGUUGUAGCGAGGGAGCCGGUGAUGACGAUUGGGUUAUCAAGGAAUGAAAAGGUGACUAAGAAAGAAUGGAGCAAUAAGUGGCGCACCGAUGCGGAUUUGGAUUCAAUGCUUUCAACAUGUGAUUCGCGAAGGUGCGUUGAGUCCCAAGCUGAAGUCACGCGACGGAAGUACCAACGAGCAGGCCCUCUCACAGCUGUUGUUCAGGAUUUGGGUCGAACCUAACCUCUAAUUACGCGAGCAUACCACAGGGUCUGACCCCCGUCGAGUUAUAAUAGUCAACGAUACACGUAUCGGUAAGCGUAGACUGGCCCACAGAAUUAGAUAGUAAGGCGUAAUCGCAACACACACAAUUAAUCAGAUUUUCGCGAUGCGACAGACGGCGGUUUGGUGAGGAAUUAGCCCCGUUGGUUGGCAAUUACGCGCCAACAACGACCCGAGCAACGCUGACAAACGUCACGUGAUACACUUGGGAGUCACGAAAAAAAUUCAGCUCCGAAAAAAAUCAAAAUGUAGGAACUUGGCGGAUUGAGCACGUGCUCAGUUCCGAUUUGGUCUGGGAACAAGAACCCGCAUAUGUAAUUGGGGUUGUUGUUGUCUUCACAUUAAAAACCAUGCCGGUCUCUCAAUCCAGUACCUCCUUCUGUCUCAAUCUCUCCGUACUAAUCCAGCAAUUGACUCAGUCAAUUUCCGUGGUCACAGGCUAGCGUACCUACAAAAGGUAUACCAAAAUAAGGACCCCAAGGGUAAACAGAGCGAUAAAAUACAAGAACACAAAAGAAUCACCAAUGCAAUACAGGAGAGAACAGAGAACCAAAACACAGCGGAGGCAAGUCAACAACGCACCAACCGGGGGGUGACCAGAGACCCAUCAAUGGCAGGGUGGCAGGGAACAUAAACACAGAAGGUGACAUGGACGAACGAAAGGUCGAAGGAGAAAUCUGGGCAAAAUUUUGGGAUUAGUGCACGACGAUGGAAGUCACAAUCAUCGCAUUGCUGAAAAGGACCGUCCAUAUCAUCAGUAUCUGGGAAAUGACAUCUCGCGUCACGUGGCGGAAACAUCUCAAAUUUCAGUAAAAACCAGACGACCGGAAGGACCUCAAUCUCCGAACGAUGCCAUGCAAGCAAGUUCACUAACCAACACUUUCCAGCUAUUGCAAAUCCCAAACUCACUCUCAUGUUGUGUGUUCGCAUGGUACCAUGGACAACGACACACCUCCAACUUUCGGGGCCAUUGCCUACCCUCGGGAUGAAAUCCUCAACUCUACCUCACGCAGAUGGUGCCUGGAUGACCGAUUCCAUCGGAUCACACACGGCGGAGCUGCUUUCGAUUACUUCCUCUCCACCUGUCACCGGACUUGCACCGGCCUCAGCUGCGUAGCGCUGGAGCUCUGCGAGCAACUCCAACACCGAGAACACAAGCGAAUUUACCCCCAAACAGACCCCCACUGCCCCACAUGUUUCCCCAACGGCGAAGGCGCGAAAACGACGAGCUAACGCUUGCAGCCAAAUUCUCCGAUCUGAGCGGCCGUGCCGGAACCAGGGAAGUGGUGCAAAUUCUACAGGAAAACAGAGAACGGCCGAGCAUACCUGGGUGGUGGUCUAUAUAUUCCCCGCUAAUCUAACAAAUUCAUCAACGGACCUGACUUCAAGCGCACCACAACCCACGUGAAGCUUCUCAACAAUGAAUACAAUUAAAGGAUGAUUGAUGUCUCACGGCCAGAAUCAGCCGAAUUGCUGUGUUCAGCGGAGUAACUCGCCUAGAACGGAGGAAGGUAUCUGGCCUGUCUGACAUAAGCAACAAAAUCGAAGCAGCAGCAACUCGAGUACUGAAGAC